UCUCUUCCCAGUAUUCUUCUAUACUUUUUUCAACUGACCAAAACAAAGAGUAAACACAUAAACUAUAAAACUCAAAACAACAGUAAGCACGCUCAGCUUCUGCAGAAAUGGCAUCAAUGACCACGACAGCCUCCUUCCUCGGCUUUGCUGGCAUUGUCAACCAGUCUCCAGUGACUGCUCGCCGGAGGCUUCUUGUUGCAAGAGCUGCAAGAGGAGAUGCUGCUGAAGGAGAAAAGGUUAAGUCGAAUGUUGAGGCUAAAAGGGAGAGCAAUAAUGGGAGAAGGGACUUAAUGUUUGCAGCUGCAGCUGCUGCUGUUUGCUCUGUUGCUGGGAUUGCUGUGGCUGGCGAGCCCAAAGCAGGAACCCCACAAGCCAAGAAACUUUAUGCCCCUGUCUGUGUCACCAUGCCUACUGCUAGAGUCUGUCACAAAUGAAUUUGAAGUAGCUUGUUGUGGAGAUUAUGGACUUGUUUGGAGUCUCAUUCUGUUGUAAUCUACAAGUUAAUGUGAUUUUCUAAUGCCAAUAACUUUGCUUCA